GGUGGGCGUAGCCGGUUUGUCGGGUGAGGCGGUGGUGGCGGAAGAGGUCGGUGUUUGAUGGCGUCUGGGGUUUGGAACCUUCUUUAACGCCCCCUCUCUGUUCGGGAACCUUUUCACUGGGGUCACAAUGACAUCUUUUCAAGAGGUCCCGUUGCAGACUUCCAACUUUGCCCAUGUUAUCUUUCAAAAUGUGGCCAAGAGUUACCUUCCCAAUGCACAUCUGGAAUGUCAUUACACCUUAACUCCAUAUAUCCAUCCACAUCCAAAAGAUUGGGUUGGUAUAUUCAAGGUUGGAUGGAGUACUGCUCGUGACUAUUAUACCUUUUUAUGGUCCCCUAUGCCUGAACAUUAUGUAGAUGGAUCAACAGUCAAUUGUGUAUUAGCUUUUCAAGGAUAUUAUCUUCCCAAUGAUGAUGGAGAAUUUUAUCAGUUCUGUUAUGUUACCCAUAAGGGUGAAAUUCGUGGUGCAAGUACACCUUUCCAGUUUCGGGCUUCUUCUCCAGUUGAAGAGUUGCUUACUAUGGAAGAUGAAGGAAAUUCUGAUAUGUUGGUGGUGACCACUAAAGCUGGCCUUCUUGAGUUGAAAAUUGAGAAAACCAUGAAAGAAAAAGAGGAACUGUUGCAGUUAAUUGCUGUUUUGGAGAAAGAAACAACACAACUUCGAGAACAAAUUGGAAGACUGGAAAGAGAACUUAACCAGGAGAAAGAAAAAUGUGACCAAUUGCAAGCAGAGCAGAAGGGCCUUACUGACAUAUCUCAAAGUUUAAAAGUGGAAAAUGAAGAGUUGAAGAAGAGAUACAAUGAUGCUACAUCCAAGACUCUCCAACUUGAGGAAGAUAUUAUGUCAGUGACUCAUAAAGCAAUUGAAAAAGAGACUGAAUUAGACAGUUUAAAGGACAAACUCAGGAAGACACAAUAUGAAAGAGAACAACUUGAAUCUCAGUUGAAGAUGGAAAAGGACGAAAAGGAACUUUAUAAGAUCCAUUUGAAGAAUACAGAAAUAGAAAACACCAAGCUUGUGUCAGAGAUCCAGACUUUAAAGAAUUUAGAUGGGAACAAAGAAGGCAUGAUUACUCAUUUCAAAGAAGAGAUUGGCAGAUUGCAGCUAUGUUUGGCAGAAAAGGAAAGUCUGCAAAGAGCUUUCUUACUUACAGCUUCUAGUAAGGAAGAUACUUUUUUUUUAAAGGAGCAAUUGCGGAAAGCAGAGGAACAGGUGCAGGCAACUCGGCAAGAAGUGGUCUUUCUGGCUAAAGAACUUAGUGAUGCUGUAAAUGUGCGAGAUAAAACAAUGGCAGAUCUACAUACUGCACGCUUGGAAAAUGAGAAAGUGAAAAAGCAGUUAGCAGAUGCAGUGGCAGAACUUAAACUAAAUGCUGUAAAAAAAGACCAGGUAAAGCAGGAAAAGACAGAUACACUGGAACAUGAGCUGAGAAGAGAAGUUGAAGACCUGAAACUUCGUCUUCAGAUGGCAGCAGAUCAUUAUAAAGAAAAAUUCAAGGAAUGUCAGAGACUCCAGAAACAAAUAAAUAAACUUUCAGAGCAACAAGCUGAUAACAACGGUGUCUGCACAAAGAAAAUUGAGAAUCAACACAAAGUGAAUGAUGCCUCAGUAAACAUAGAUCCAGCUACGAGUACCUCUGCGGUAGAUGUAAAGGCCCAACCUUCUGCAGCUGAGGCAGAUUUUGACAUGGUAACAAAGGGGCAAAUCUGUGAAAUGACCAAAGAAAUUGCUGACAAAACAGAAAAGUAUAAUAAGUGCAAACAACUCUUGCAGGAUGAGAAAAUAAAAUGUAACAAAUACGCUGACGAACUUGCGAAAAUGGAGCUGAAAUGGAAAGAACAAGUGAAAAUUGCUGAUAACAUAAAACUAGAACUAGCUGACGUACAGGACAGUUACAGACUUCAGUUGGCAGAGAAAGACAAAGAGAUAAAUGACCUAACUUCACAUUUGGAAAAUCUCUCCAGGGAAAAGGAACUUAUCCUAAGGAGUCUAGAAAAUUCAGUAGAAAGGAAGAUGGAGGGUCAGAAUUCCCAGAGUCCUCAGCAGCUCUCACAGUGUGCGAACACAUGCUCAGAACAAAAUGGUCAUGCUCCUGAAAUACCAAAUAUACAGCCUGUUCUACAAUAUGGUAAUCCUUAUGCAACACAGGAAAUAAGAGAUGGAGCAGAUGGUGCUUUUUACCCAGAUGAAAUCCAAAGGCCACCUGUGAGACUACCUUCUUGGGGACUUGAAGACAAUGUGGUCUGCAGCCAGCCUGCUCGAAACCUUAGUCGGCCUGAUGGUUUAGAAGAUCCUGAGAAUAGUAAAGAAGAUGACAGUGUGCCCUCAGCUCCUUCAAGUCAGCAUUUACGAGGCCAUGGAACAGGCUUUUGCUUUGACUCCAGCUUUGACGUUCACAAGAAGUGUCCCCUCUGUGAAUUAAUGUUCCCGCCUAACUAUGAUCAGAGCAAAUUUGAAGAACAUGUUGAAAGUCAUUGGAAGGUAUGCCCAAUGUGCAGCGAGCAGUUCCCUCCUGACUAUGACCAGCAGGGGUUUGAAAGACAUGUGCAGACCCACUUUGAUCAGAAUGUUUUGAAUUUUGACUAGUUAUUUUUUGACUUACAGCUUAUAACAGCAGUUAAAAAAAAUCACCUCAAAUAGACCACAUGGUGUCACUUUCUUGUACCCUCUACUGCACUUUUCUGACCAAGAGCUAGUUGAGUUUGGGGUCAGUCUUUGACAUCAAAAAUCUGUUAA